AGUGUUAGUACUGUAUUUUUAUAAAAUUUCAUCACGCUAAAAUUCCAAUUAAAUAUAAGAUACAUUAGCUACUUUAAACAGACAGUAGCAUCAUAAUCGAUUUUACCACCCGUCAAUAAAAUUCUUGCCUUAAAAUAUGCUUUGCGAACAUAAAAAAAAUGUAAAUAUGUAUUCAGCCUUCAUAAGCAGUCAUAAAAUCCACCACAAAUUCAUUCCUGCACAUCAAUGUUCUACCACACAUAACUUCGUGCAUUAACAUGUAACAUUUUCCAUUACGAAGCUAAGUAAAUUACAAAAAUUAAUUCAACACUCACGCAAUACCUUGUUGAAAUCGAUAUUUUCGCACUAAACUUCACUAGUUGUCAGUCUUCAUCGCUCAGCGACAAUAAAAACAACUAGCUUUUUACCGUCCUCUAAAAACAAUUUAGGAUGGCGCAAGGUUUCAUCAAUCGAAGUGCAUUGACUAAAAGUUUAUCAAAUAUGAGCAUUGGAUUUUUAGGGCUACUGUACUUCAUCUUGUUCAAAUCUAUAGGAUUGCUUCCAUGGCACUUUAAUUACAUGAAGAUAUUUAAAUGGAACCCUGCUCUUUACUAUUACAAUUACGGAUUUUCCACAUCACUUCUAGGAACCUAUUGGAACGUACUCUACAGCCUUGGCUUAGCCUAUGUUGAUUACUGUUACAUGGUUUAUUUUCCGGAAAUACUGCCGAAGAAGAUUGGAGUAAUGAUAGUACGGGAACAGAAAUUAUUGCAGUGCGCUUCAUUAGGAAUAGUGGGCAUCAUCCUGGUCAUCUAUGGGUGUAGACAGAGCACAUUGAUAAACCCUUUGAAUGAAGUGCAAGAAAUUGAUGAUAGGCUGAUGCAAAUCACGGGUCGCAAAGUGAGAAACGGCUGCAGUGCCUAUUGUGUGAUGAUUGCCAACUUGGUAGUUUGUGCCGGUGGGCUAGUAGCAAAGUACAUUGAAUUGGAUGGCAAACCAUUUUUCCAAUUUUUCAUGACAGUCUAUCCGUGUGUCUUUUCAAACUUUUUAGUGCUGCAAUAUGUCAUGUCGCUUGAUGUUGUCAUUAAGCGCUUCAUACAGCUCCACUACGCGAUUGUCAAGGUCGAUAACGACGAUAUUAGUAACUUAAGGUCCCUAAAAAAAAGGGAACAGACGAUCAACAACGCAUCACGCCAACGGAAAAUUUUGUUUGUCAGUAACAUUCUAGAAGACCUAGAUGAUAUACGUUUAGACGUACUCUGGUUCUUUUCACCACAACUGGGAAUCGCUAUUAUCAAUAUGACUGGCAUAGCUGUUAUUGUCGGGUAUGAUAUCAACCAGAUAUGGAAAGGAAAUGCGACUCUCCAGCCAAUGGAGCUUUUUAUGUACGGACUGUGGUAUGCUACGGUUAUUCUCGUGUUUCUUGUAUUGAUAAUCUAUUAUUCGAUAGCUAAAAUAGCGGAAAAGUGGACGAGGUACAAAUUAUGGCUGAUUACAGAUUUGAGUCAGCUAGCAUUAGCUGAAGGAGCUAAGAUGGAAGAGCGUUUUACGAAUCAAGCGCAAAAAUUUUUAGAAGAUGACGGGGACUUACAAUCUUUAGAUGUUACUUUUCUGUAAUUUUGUAAAUUUUGACAAAUUUUUGCUCAAAUGUCAUGGACGCUUCAAGUGUGGUGCAUUGCUAUUGAUUAAAAGUUGAAUUUUUCAAGAAUUUGCACUGGAAAAUUGUUUGAAGUCAUCAAUCGAUCAACACUGGAGUUCACAAAAUAUUGUUGCCGGUUGCUGUUAUGUACUUAUAUAUUUGAUUGUAAUUUUAUUGAACUUUUUUGAAUUUCAUGGGAUUCGA